GUUAAAUUGUCCUUUGGUCAAGAGAGAGAGAGGGUUUCUUUAGUUGUAUAUAUAAGGUAUGUUAGGGACUUCUCAUUCUCCACCAAACACACACACACACAGGAAGAAAAUGAGCAAUCUUCAAACUGUGAGAUACUCUAUUUUCUCUUACAUCACAUUAUGCUCACUUGAUCAUUACUUUAACAUAACUUUGUUGUGGAUAUAAGCAGGUGUCGAAGCAAGUGGAGCCAUGGUGUGAACUUAAAGACAAAGUGGUUCUUGUGACAGGAGCUUCCUCUGGUAUAGGAAGAGAGAUCUGUCUUGACAUGGCCAAAGCUGGCUGCAAGAUUAUAGCAGCAGCUCGUCGUGUCGACCAUCUCAAAUCUCUCUGCUCUGAAAUCAACACAACAGGAGUACAAGCCGCUGCCCUUGAGCUAGACGUUUCCUCAGACGCAGACACCAUUCAAAAAGCGGUUAAAGAAGCUUGGGAAGUCUUUGGAAAGAUUGAUGCGUUGAUCAACAAUGCAGGAUUCCGAGGCAGUACCAAGUCUAGUUUAGAUCUGCCAGAAAACGAAUGGGAAAAAGUCUUUAAAACCAACUUAAAGGGAACUUGGUUAGUAUCCAAAUAUGUCUGUAUUUCAAUGCAUGACGCUAAACAAGGUGGUGGCUCCGUGAUAAACAUUUCAUCCAUCUCGGGGCUCCACCGCAAUUCAUUUCACGGUGCAGUCGCGUAUACUUGUUCCAAAAGUGGUGUUGACUCCAUGACAAGAGCGAUGGCUGUUGAGUUGGGUGUUUACAAUAUUAGAGUGAACUCUAUGGCACCGGGGCUUUUUAAGUCAGAGAUCACACAAGCUCUUAUCCAGCAAAAGUGGCUCAAGAAUGCGACAGACCGGAUUAUCCCGUUAACGGCGGAACAGACCGUAGAUCCGGGGCUCACCUCUCUCAUUCGCUAUCUAAUUCACGACUCUUCCCAAUAUGUCUCCGGCAAUGUAUUCAUCGUUGACUCCGGAACUACAUUGCCCGGUCUGCCCAUAUUUUCUUCUCUAUGAACCCUAAAAUCUUUUUCUUUUUUUUGUUUUAAUAAGUGAAACCAUUUUACAGUUUAUGUAUUACAGAGCAUCUAA